GCGCGCAGCCACCUUUUUUCUCUUGAGUUGGUUCAAUAUUUGCAUAUUGUUUUUCAUACUUUCUUUCCACCACGUCGUAAGGGAUUUCUAACACUUGUUAGUUUAGCUUGACGGUGAGGGCUUGUGCGACAUUAUUGCUGAGUUAUUUGCACAUAUUUCGGGGCGGUUUCUUACUCAUUUUUAGCGAGAAAAGUGCUCGGCUUUUGAACGGCUGUAAAGUUUUCCGUCCGCCGCUGCCACAAACGGAGCCGUUAGGGACGUUGUUGUUCCAACUGUUGUGGCAACUGUCGUGUUUCCAGCUCGAUAUCUGGCCUCGGUCUGGAGAUAUUUUCAUCUUCCAUCAUCCGUAAUGUCCGUCAGCCUGUUGAAGACGGUUAUGGCGUCCAAACACGGUUCAUCAUUGACAGAAGACGACUGACAAGUUCCCUCUGACGACGGCUUUUGGCCGGGUUGGACAUGAUGCCAGGACAGAUACCUGACCCUUCGCUGGCGGCAGGCUCCCUGCCCAGCCUCGGCCCGCUGGCGGGCAUCUCGGCCACCACCCUCACCGACCAGCUGAAGCUGGCAGACUUCCACCAGCUGGGCACCAUGCUGUCGCCACUGCAUUUCCUGGGGAGGCUGGGGAAGAGGCCACUGGCCAUCAAGACGGAGAUGGACGAAGAUGAAGAAAGACGGAAACGAAGACGAGAGAAAAACAAAGUAGCGGCAGCGAGGUGCCGAAACAAAAAGAAGGAACGCACCGACUUCCUCCAAAGGGAAUCAGAGCGUCUGGAAACGGUGAACUCGGAGCUGAAGGCCCAGAUCGAGGAGCUCCGUCUGGAGAGGCAGCAGCUAAUGGUGAUGCUCAACCUCCACCGGCCCACCUGCAUUGUGCGGACCGACAGUGUGAAGACACCCGAGGGCGAGGCCAACCCGCUGCUGGAGCAGCUGUCCGCCGAAACCAAGUGAGAAGAGCGGACUCAAAGUCCUGCAGGCUGAACUUUGACUGCCGAGGCAGACAUCUGAACAACAACAAUAAAAACCCACAUACCUGGCAAAAUUAUUCUGAAUGAGCACCUGAGCUCCAGGGUGGAGACUUUUGCCCAAAGAUCGGAGAAUGUGGGGCUUCCUCAGUACUGCGACGUGGAGCUGGCUCUGUCCAUUGGGAGACUGGAAACACCCACUGUGCCUGUCAUCCAUCUUUUCCUUAAAGGGACCAAUGGAAGUAGACGAUCUGGCUGGAGAAAGCCCAGAGGAUUGACACUAACAGCAACAUGGUGCUUUGUUACCAAAGAACUGCGUAGAUUGACUUAGGAGAUCUGCAGUCUUCCUACGUAUUCUAGUCAUAUUACACAGGUGUAGAGCUUUUAGGUUACAGCACCCAGUACAAAAAUACACCAGUGGGAGAACAGUUGUUUUUUGUAUUUAGUAUUUUAAACCCUGCCUUGACGAUGGCAGGUACCGGUUGAUCCGAUUAGUGGUGGCGCUGGCGUCAUGAGAAGCACAUAUUCACAAAUUGUUUACACACUUAUUUUUUAGACUUGAGUUUUCAUCAUUGUACUUGUUUUAUAUGGCUUUGUAUACAUGAAACAUACAAAAAUGCUUUGUUAAUCACUUGAGGUGAUUUUUGUCUUUUUUUUCCAUCUUUCCUAAUCUGUCAGACAGCUGCAAAAAGAAGCUGAGUGUCUGCAUCUGUAUCUGUGUAUGAACCUGCAUAUCCUGAAAAGAUUAAAGUUUAUUUUCUAACGAAGACGGA